GACAUGCCACGAGGGUACCGUAUAAAAACGGACUAGAGCACUUCAGCUCCAAUUGCUCCGUGUCUAAAAUUGCCUCUCUUUCAGGAUGGAUUUCCUUCAUAGGAAUGGAGUGCUCGUGAUUCAGCAUUUGCAGAAGGAUUACCGGGCUUACUACAAUUUUCUAAAUUUUAUGUCCAGUGUUGGAGACCCCCGGAAUAUCUUUUCUAUUUAUUUUCCACUUUGGUUUCAAGUUAAUCAGAGAGUUGGAACCAAGAUGAUAUGGGUAGCAGUCAUUGGGGAUUGGUUCAAUCUUAUUUUUAAAUGGAUAUUAUUUGGUCAUCGGCCCUACUGGUGGGUCCAAGAAACUCAGAUUUACCCAAAUCACUCAAAUCCAUGCCUUGAACAGUUCCCCACUACAUGCGAAACAGGUCCAGGAAGUCCAUCCGGCCAUGCAAUGGGCUCAUCGUGUGUCUGGUACGUCAUGGUAACAGCUGCCCUGAGCCACACUGUCAGUCAGAGAGAUAAGUCAUCGACCACUCUUCACAGACUGACCUGGUCAUUUCUUUGGAGUCUUUUUUGGUUGAUUCAAAUCAGUGUCUGCAUCUCCAGAGUAUUCAUAGCAACACAUUUUCCUCAUCAAGUUAUUCUUGGAGUAAUUGGUGGUAUGCUUGUGGCAGAGGCCUUUGAACACACUCCGGGCAUCCAAACAGCCAGCCUGAGCACGUACUUGAAGACCAAUCUCUUCCUCUUCCUGUUUGCACUUGGCUUUUACCUGCUUCUCAGACUACUUGACAUUGACCUGCUGUGGUCUGUGCCCGUAGCCAAGAAGUGGUGUGCCAACCCCGACUGGAUCCACAUUGACACCACACCUUUUGCUGGACUUGUGAGAAACCUUGGGGUCUUCUUUGGCUUGGGCUUUGCAAUCAACUCGGAGAUGUUCCUUCAGAGCUGCCGAGGGGAAAACCGCUACAAGCUGAGCUUCCGGCUGCUCUGCGCGGUGGCCUCAUUGACUCUACUGCAGCUCUACCAUUUCAUCAAGAUACCCACGCACUCAGAGCAUUUAUUUUACGUGCUGUCUUUCUGUAAAAGUGCAUGCAUCCCACUCGCUGUGGUUGCUGUGAUUCCCUACUGUAUUCAUAUGUUAAUGAAACCAAGUGAAAAGAAGAUUAAUUAGAGUUGUGCACAGAGUUAGUGCUCUGGUCCCCAGAUGACCCUCCUCCUCCUCCUCCAGUAGAACCAUAGAGCAGGGAGAGACUGGAGGCUUCCAAUUGGAGGUCACAAAAUGGCGGCCACAGGCUGCAUCCCACACAUAUGUUUAGUUAGGCCUUCACAGUGGUCUUUUUUUUUCUUUCUUUCUAUUUUAAAUUAGUUGGCAACAUUUAAAAACCAGAAUAUUUGACAUAAAAAUCUGAAAUUCUGUAUUUUCUUGAAAAAUCUGGCAACAUGGCAAUAGAGGGUCUGCAUUGCCACCUGGAGACAAUUAUUGGUUGCUGACUGUCCCCAGUAGGAGGCCUGCACUCUCCAUUUUAUUACAGUCUUCAGCACCCUGUCAGGAGUCCCAGUAUCAGACACCUUUAUCAUCUUAAGGUCAGGCUGCUUCUGGCUCCUGUGGAAAUUGCAACGGAGACCCCAGUCAAAUCCAAUCCCUUCAGUUUUCAGAUAAGGAAAUGGAAGUUCAUUCAGGUGAAAGAAAUUGUUGUCACACAACCAUCGGAAGAGGAAUUAGCAUCCAAAUCUUCUGACAUGUAUUUCUAUUACACUAUAUUUUGUUUCUUCAUUUUCGAGGUAAAAAUCUGUAAGAGUGAAUGCUUUUAUAUAGAUUCUAUGAUGAUUGCCAUGUAAGUUAGCUAUUUUUCCAGAAAACACAUUGAAAUGCCAC